AAGGGGCACAGCAGUCCUGUCACUGGGGAACCGAGGAGGUCGCUGGGGAUCCACAUCGCAGUCUGUGCCAUGGGGCACUCUGAGCUCCGCAGCCCAGCAGAGCUGCUCCCGCUCCUGGUGCUCGUUCUGCAGCUCUAGCUGGUCUCCAAGAUGCUGCGGGCCAAGCCGCUCCAGAGGUGGUGGAAGAAGUCGAAGCCUCAGACGAGCCUGGCAAGACCCCAUGCUGAGGAGCAGAGCGCACCUGCUUUGCCAUCAGACAGAGGAGUGGAGGAGCCCACUUCAACCCUGGAGAUGUGGGCGAGAGUGGAGGUGUCGUGCAGGGGACGCCUGUCCCCGCGAGCCCCACUGGCCUCCAUGGACUCCCUGGGCUCCCUGUCGAGGAGCAGCUUCUCUUCCCUGGGCUCCCUCUGCUCCUUCCUGGAGCCCUAUCCUGGUGCAAUGGCAGAGCCGGCGGUGCUUGAACAACUGGGACCCUCCUGGACCCCCAAGGCUGUGGAGGAACCAUUGGGGGAGCCAGGACCAGCCCUUGGCCAAGACACCGCACUGGGGCUGACAGUGGGGACAAAGCAAGAUCAGAUCCCCAGGGAUGGCAGGGACAGGGCAUGGAGCCCUGGGGACAGCAAGAACGGGGCAUGGAGCCCUGGAGACAGCAAGGACAGGACACAGAGCCCCAGGGAUGGCAGGGACAGGGUACAGAGCCCCAGGGAUGGCAGGGACAGGACACAGAGCCCCAGAGACAGCAGGGACAGGGCAUGGAGCCCUGGGGACAGCAAGAACGGGACAUGGAGCCCUGGAGACAGCAGGGACAGGACACAGAGCCCCAGGGAUGGCAGGGACAGGGUACAGAGCCCCAAGGAUGGCAGGAACAGGGCAUGGAGCCCUGGGGACAACAGGGACAGAACACAGAGCCCCAGGGAUGGCAGGGACAGGGUACAGAGCCCCAAGGAUGGCAGGAACAGGGCAUGGAGCCCUGGGGACAGCAGGGACAGGACACAGAGCCCCAGAGACAGCAGGGACAGGGCAUGGAGCCCUGAGGACAACAGGGACAGGACACAGAGCCCUGGGAACAGCAAGGACAGGGCAUGGAGCCCUGAGGACAGCAGGAACAGGGCAUGGAGCCCUAGGGACAACAGGGACAGGGCACAGAGCCCCAGGGACAGCAAGGACAGGGCAUGGAGCCCUGAGGACAGCAGCAGCAGGGCAUGGAGCCCUGGGGACAGCAGGGACAGGGCACAGAGCCCCAGGGAUGGCAGAGACAGGGCAUGGAGCCCUGAGGACAGCAGGGACAGGGCACAGAGCCCCAGGGACAGCAGCAACAGGGCAUGGAGCCCUGGGGACAGCAGGGACAGGGCACAGAGCCCCAGGGACAGCAGGAGCAGAGCACAAAGCCCUGUGAAUGUGGAGCCACCCCCCCGCACCCCCCCAGGCAUGGCCACAGACAAGGGGAAGCUCGUCCUGGAGCUCGUCCACACUGUCCGGGCCUUCCAGGCGGUGACCGAGCGGCGCCGCGAGCAGCUGCGGGCAGAGCUGGCCCGGUGGCAGGGAGUGGUGUGUUCCCGCAGCAGGACCCCCCCCAGGGACCCCUCCAUCCCCACUGCCAGGGUGGAUGAGCAAGUCCAGCUGGGGCUGCCGGAGGCCAGAGAGUGUCCCCAGCACCUCGGAGAGGAGCUGCCGUGGGUGGACGUGGACAUGGAUGAUGCUGUGGAUGGUGACGAGGACAAAGAUAAGGGCACAGGUCCAGACAGAAGCAGCUCCAUGGAGCUGGAAAGGAGAAGCCGCAUGGAGUCAGGCAGGAGCAAUCCUGUGGUGCUGAGCAGGAGAAGCCUCAUGGAAGGGAAGAGGAGCAGCCCUGUGGAACCGCAAAGAAGCCACAACACAAGCCCAGGCAGGAGCAGCUCCAUGGAGGUGAACAGUCACAUCUCGGUGGGGCUCAAAUGGAGCAGCCCCGCGGUGCGGGGCAGGAGCACCCCGGCGGAGCCCAGGCCGCGCUGGUGGGUGCCCACGGCCGGGACACGCGGCCGGGUGGCCCCGGGGCUGCGCAGGGCAGGACGGUUCCUGCGGGAGGGCUGCGCCCGGCUGUGGGGCUGGCUGAGGGGCUGGUGGAGACGCCGCUGCCGCCCCCGCGUCUGCUUCUGCAAGCCCCUGUGGUGGCAGCACUGGUCCCAGAAGAGCAACGGGUUCCAUUACUACUGAGGGACUGGGGUGCGGGGCUGGGAACACUCCUAGGACACCCCCCUCCCAUCUGAUUUGUUAAAAUAUUAAAU